GGCAUUUAACAGAUGCACAGCAUUUAAAGUGAAUGUUUUAAGUGAACACAAAAUUCCUUGCCAAGUUGUGCUUGUUGUGCUUAUUCUCUAUAUGGACUUGGACAACACGGGGUUAUUCUUUGAAGGUAAAGCUCACGUCUCCGAGGGUCAUGAAAGCCACCCUGUUCCCAACAUUGUAAUAAAUGGGCUUCAACGUAUUCCAACGGGGCGCCCCUCCUGGCCAAUCAGGGUGUCUGCAGCAGCUUCGACACCACCCCCCAGCGGCCGCACAGGCGCACUGAGCUCCCAACUGCCAUUUUGUGGCAGAGGCUACUCUGCUAAAGCGGGAGAGGGAUUAAAACAAACUGCGAAGAAGCCUACAGUUCUCAUCAGCCUGUUAAACUUAGAAGUACAGACUCUCUGCUUUCGGCUGAGUUAAACUGGAAGAGAAACACAUAAAAAGAGGUUUACUGUCAAAUAUCAACCCAAAGCCUCAGAUUGACAGGGACAGUGAGGUAGCAGAUAUUUGAUUCAGCAAAGUUCAGGGCUUUCAGCAGCAAAGCAAAAGGGAGAUCACCUGUGUCUUAACCCUGCAGCCCAGCCCACAGAAAUCAUGAUAGCAGCCAAUUUUUCAUUGCUCUUCCAGUUCCUACCCAUCAUGGACAGAGGGCCAACAGAGGGUGUAGGGGUGGUGGAGGUCCCCACCAAAGACUUUCCCUCCAUCCAGGCUGUUCACAGCCAGGAUGCCAUGGUAGCUGACCUCCUCCAACAAGCUGCAGAGGCUGGAGGAGUGGUUGAGAGACAAGCUGGAGUUGUCCUGGAACAAGGUCAUGGGGUAGCAGCCUCUCAGGCCCAGCAGCAGCUGAUGGAAGCUGGGGUGGGGGUUGGUGUUGAAGGUGGAGCAGGAGUUGAAAUGAUGGUUAUGGACUCACUGGAUCCCACCCUCUUGCAGAUGAAAACUGAGGUGAUCGAUGCUGCAGUAGGGGGAUCAUCAACUACAGUGGGUGUUGUCGGAGGGGUAGCAGGUGCUGCUCACCAAGCAACUGUGACAACAGUGGAUCAGACUCAAAUCAUUACACUACAGGUGGUAAACAUGGAGGAGCAGGCAGCUCUGGGUCUGGGGGAGCUCCAGCUGGUACAGGUACCUGUUUCUGCCACCACUGUGGAGGCCUUGCAGCAAGGCACCUUCGUAGACACUACUGCUAUGCCAAAGGAUGGCGACCCAGUCAUCUGUCACACCCUGCCACUACCUGAGGGCUUCCAGGUAGUCAAGGUUGGUGCCAAUGGGGAGGUGGAGACGGUGGAGCAGGAGGAGGAGGGAGGUGAUGCCCAUCCUGAAGAGGAGGAGGAGGAUGAAGAGGUGGGGAACCAGCUGCUAGAAGAAGGUGAGGAUGAGCCCAUUCGGCCUUCAAAUGAUGACCCAAAUUGGGUUAAAGACCCGGACUAUCAGCCCCCAUCUGGAACCAUCAAGAAGACCAAAAAGGGUAAAAAAAGUCGUCUGCGUUAUGCCGAAGGAGAUAAGGACAUGGAUGUCAGUGUCUAUGAUUUUGAAGAAGAACAGCAGGAGGGCCUUCUGUCAGAGGUCAAUGCCGAGAAAGUGGUGGGUAACAUGAAACCACCUAAACCCACCAAGAUCAAGAAGAAAGGAGUGAAGAAGACGUUUCAGUGUGAGCUGUGUAGCUACACGUGCCCUCGACGCUCCAACCUGGACAGACACAUGAAAAGUCACACCGAUGAGAGACCUCACAAAUGUCAUCUGUGUGGAAGAGCCUUCAGGACAGUCACCCUGCUAAGAAACCAUUUGAAUACACACACCGGAACUCGUCCACACAAGUGCACAGACUGUGAUAUGGCUUUUGUGACUAGUGGAGAGCUGGUUCGUCAUCGUCGCUACAAACACACACAUGAGAAACCAUUUAAAUGCUCCAUGUGUGACUAUGCCAGUGUCGAGGUGAGCAAACUAAAGCGCCACAUUCGUUCCCACACUGGCGAGCGUCCAUUCCAGUGUAGUCUUUGCAGCUAUGCCAGUAGAGACACAUACAAACUGAAGAGACACAUGAGGACACACUCAGGAGAGAAACCUUAUGAGUGCUACAUCUGCCAUGCCCGAUUCACUCAGAGUGGAACCAUGAAGAUGCACAUUCUGCAGAAACACACAGAGAAUGUGGCCAAAUUCCAUUGCCCACACUGUGACACUGUCAUCGCACGCAAGAGUGACUUGGGUGUCCAUCUUCGUAAGCAGCACUCGUUUAUUGAGACUGGAAAGAAGUGUCGUUACUGUGACGCUGUUUUCCACGAGCGCUACGCUCUAAUCCAGCAUCAGAAGUCCCAUAAGAAUGAGAAGAGGUUCAAAUGCGAUAUGUGUGACUACUGCUGCCGCCAGGAGCGUCACAUGGUUAUGCAUCGUAGAACCCAUACUGGAGAGAAACCAUACGCCUGCAGCCAGUGCGAGAAGACUUUCAGACAGAAGCAGCUGCUGGACAUGCACUUCAAACGCUACCAUGAUCCCAACUUUGUUCCAACCGCCUUCGUCUGCCCCAAAUGUAGCAAGACCUUCACUCGGAGGAACACCAUGGCUCGCCAUGCUGAGAACUGCACCGGUGAGGUGGAGGAUACAGAGAAUGGAGCUCCGACCCCCAAAAAAGGAAGGAGAGGAAGGAAGAGAAAGAUGAGGAGCAGGAGAGAUGAGGAUGACAGCGAGGACGAUCACGCUGAUCCAGAGGAGGAGGAGGAGGAAGAGGGUGAGGGUGAGGAAGAACCAUCACUGCUGCAGGAAGAGGAGGAAGCAGAAAGCAUGGAACUGGACCAGGCCCCUGCUGCCAUCCCAGUACCGGCUCCUGAUGAGCCACCAGUCAAGAGGAAACGAGGCCGACCCCCAAAGAACGCCCCCAAGACUCUGACAUCCAGCAAGUCGGUCCGGGUGGCUGCCAAGUCAACUGCUUCUGCUGCUGCCAUCAUCCAGGUGGAGGAUGAGAGCACUGGAGCAGUGGAGAACAUUAUAGUGAAGAAAGAGGAUGGUGACACCUCUGCAGCAACACCUCUGGAGCAGGGUGUGGCCCUGACUGUGGAGGGUGUGGGGAUGGAUGGGGAAGGGGUAGAGACUGUUGAGCUGGCUGUGAAUGAGGAAUCGGCGACUGCAGCCGCUAACGGAGAUCUGACACCAGAGAUGAUCCUCAGCAUGAUGGACCGAUGAAAACACCACACAUCCUUCACCUGUCAGCAGCCGCUUCACCUCCAUUCAUUUUUCUGCAAAAAAUGGUAGCAGCAAAAACAACCAUGCAAAAAGAAGGGAAGCUGCAUGUAAAUGCUUACACACAGUAAUUUCACAUCCAUAUACUUCAACUUGUACACACAUACAAAUGCACAGAAAAUACCAGAUCCUCCUGCACAUCUGUGUGCACCAUAUACACAUAAUGCUAAUGACAGCUAAUGCUCUGCUCUUCUUUCAGUUUGAUUGUGUUCUGGAUGAAUCAUUGUGUAUUUUGCUACUUGUUUCUACCUAAAGCCACAUCCUGUGUCAGUCUCUACCCACACACUGCAGUUAAUGUUCUGCUUCUCUGUGUCUCUGGCAAAUUUCUCUACCAUCACCCUUCACUUUGAUUUUCUGCUGUCCUGCAUGUUGUUCUUGCAGCUAUGCUGAUUUUGCAAAUUCCAAGCCUUUGUGUGUGUGUGUGUGUGUGUGUGUAUAUAUAUAUAUAUAUAUA